AUGACUGGAAGCGGAAAAGGAGGGCCAAAACGUCUCAGAAAGAUUAAUCGACAGAGCAUUCAAUCCAUCGGUAAGCCUGCCAUCCGCCGUCUCGCACGCCGUGGUGGUGUCAAACGUAUCUCGAAUCGUAUCUACGAAGAGACCCGUGCUGCGUUCUCAUAUUUCCUCCGAGAUAUCCUCCGUGAUGCCAUCACCUACACUGAGCACGCCAAUAGAAAGACUGUCACCACUCUCGAUAUCAUCUAUGCUUUAAAGAGACAGGGACAUACCCUCUAUGGCUUUGGAGGCUAA